GGGCGCCGCCUCGCCCUUCCCGCAAGCUCGUCUCAGUUUCCGCCCUCCUCCCGCUGUCCCCCGGGGCAGCGUCGUUCGCCACGAUCGGAUCACACUCCGGGCCGCGCCUUCCUGCGCUCCCAGCCUCACAUCCAAGCGUCAGGGGCCCGUCGACGCGCGCAAGCUUCCCAGGGGGCAACAGGAGGCAGCACCGCCUGCCCAACAGCGCAUGCCCUCCACAACGUCUUCCUCCAUUCUCUACGCGGCUCCUAGGGAUUAGCAGGACCCUGAACCAAUCACGGCCCUCGCUUGGAUUCCGUCAGCCCCUUUCUCCAUGGCAACCCCCUGCAGAGACUGGGCCACCCGUGCCGUCGCCCACAGGACCGCAAGCGAGCCUCUCGCGCUUUCGCCCGGGAGAGGGGCUUAGCCCAGCCGUUUCUGGGAGGCGUGGCGGCCGGCCCUCUGCGCGCGUGCGCGCAACGCGAAGAUGCUCUUUUGUGCCAGCGGACCGUAGGCGGCCCGGGCGUCUCCAUGGUAACCGCGCGGGUGGUGCCGGCGCUUUCCAGUGCAACCAUGGGUACCCGCAGGCGUCUGCAGGAGGAUGGGAGAGAUGGGAGGAGGUGAUGCCGAGCGAGAGAGACUGCGAGGACUGACAGACAGACACUGAGGAGCGGGGGCGGGGCAGGCUGUGACUAGAGACAGUGAAAGUAAGUGAACAGCCCCCGGGACAGAGACACGGGCAGGACAGAAAGAACGAAGAUUUCUGCUCUCAGAGUCCUAAACUGUGCGAUAAGAAGACAGGGAGGCAGGGCUGGGUAGACUUGUGUCAGGACCGUUAACAAGAGGGAGAGAGAUCGGGGCGGGAUGGAGAGGAAAGGAGAGACAGGAGAGGGAGAAUUCGUUUACGGCGACAAGACGUGCAGAUCGAGUUUCAAGGGAUAGAGAUCAGGAGUACAGAAGCAAGAGGCGAGAAAGGGACAGAAAUUAGAGGUACAGUAAAAUAGAUCGAGAGUUUCAAAGACUCGGGGAAAGGUGACAGCAAGAAGAGAGACGGAGCGGGAGGGACGCUUGUGAAGAAAACUUACACAAAACUUGACAAUAAGACAAGAAAGAUGUCUGGAAGCCUUCGCACCAUCUCUGCCAAGUCUCCUUCAGGGACCUCUCUGAUUCCAUUUAGGGCCUUCCCAGACGAGCUCUGCUUCUCAUGAGCGUUACCACAGUCACGGCUGCAGUGUCCCUUUGCUGUGUAAGGCAGAGGCAGGCAUGACAGGAGAGGCCAAGAGGCUGUCAGUGUGGGCACGGCGGUAGCUCCUGGGGCCGGUCAGCGGGGAGAGAGCUUCUUGAGGGGCAUGGCUCGGCGCGGUGGCAUGAAGACAACCCCCCACCGGGAGGCGUUGGGGAAGGCGCCCCUCGGGCUUGGCCUUCGCCCUGGUGCCAAGCGGGACCGGAAGUCUAUCACCCUGCACCUGAAGCUGGAGGUGCUUCGGAGGUUUGAGGAGGGCGAGAAGCUGACCCAGAUUGCCUGCGCCCUGGGGCUGGCGACCUCCACUGUCGCCUCGAUCCGUGUCAACAAGGACAAGAUCCGGGCCAGUUCCCAGGCAGCCACGCCGGUGAGCGCCACGCAGCUGACCCGCUGCCGGGGUGUGUUGAUGGGCCACAUGGAACGCCUGCUGAGCCUGUGGAUAGAGGAGCAGAGGCGGCAGAACCUGCCGGUCAGCACGCUGCGCAUCCAGGACAAGGCGCGCCGGCUCUUUGCGCAGCUGCAGCACGAGCAGGGCGGCGGCACCUGGGCUGCGAGUUUCGGGGCCAGCAACGGCUGGUUUGCCCGGUUCAAGGCGCGCCACAAGGUGUUGUUGACGGCAGAGCCCGCGGCAGCGGACGCCCGGGCCGCUGCCCGCUACCCGCCCCCCCGCCCCGUGCUGCGCGCCCUCCUGGAGGCUGGCCGCUACUCCGCUCGCCAGGUCUUCAACGUGGACGAGACGGGCCUGUUCUGGAAGCGGCUGCCGGAGCGCAUGCUCCUGGCGCUGGAGGGCACAGCGGGGCCUGGGCCCAAGGCCUCCAAGGACCACCUGACGCUGCUGCUCGGAGGCAAUGCCGCUGGGGACUUUAAGCUGAAGCCUCUGCUGGUCUACCCCUCGGAGAACCCACGCGCCCUCAGGGGCUGCUGCAAGGCCAGCCUGCCUGUGGUCUGGCGCUCCAACCGCAAUGACUGGGUGACACCCAGCAUCUUCCAGGAGUGGUUUACAGGCUGCUUCUGCCCAGCCGUGGAGAGCUACUGUGCCAGCCAUGGCCUCCCGCACCGCGCCCUGCUGCUACUGGACAGCGCGCCCUGCCACCCCGCCCACUUGGUGGGCCUCUCAGCCCAUGUGCGUGUGGAGUUCCUGCCGAAGAACACAUCCGCCCUGAUCCAGCCCAUGAACCAGGGCAUCAUCGCCACCUUCAAGGCCCAUUAUCUGCGCCGCACGCUCGGGCAGCUGGUCCAGGAGACGGCUGGUGCAGACCCGCCCUCUGUGAGGGUGUUCUGGUGCCGCUACACAGUCGUGACUGCCGUGGACAACAUCGCCGAGGCCUGAGCAGACCUGCAGCCUGCCACCAUGAAUAGCGCCUGGCGGAAGCUCUGGCCCGAGUGCGUGCCUGCUGGUGCCCCCGAGCCCGGCACCGCACCCAAGCUCUACCGCAGCAUUGUGGUGCUAGCCAGUCAUGCAGGCCUUGGGGACGUGGCCAAGGCCGAUGUCCAUCUGCUGCAGGCCCAGGUGGAGACCUCAGCCCAGAGUGCCCUCCAGGAUGUGGAGGAUGGGGACGUCCGUGGCUCGGGACUGUCCUGGGAGGCAGGGAAAGGCCUGGCCUCCAGGAGACCAGAGUCAGGUCUCACGGAGGCCGCGGUGGGUAUGGAGACCAGAGGAGCCGCUGUGGGUGCACUGAGCCCUGAGCACCUGGCCCAGGCCCUGUCCCACUUUGCUGCCGGACUGAGGGUCCUCAUGGAGAACGACCCCAACCGCGAACGCAGCCUGCAGGUGUCCCGGCGUGUCCACUGUGUCCUCGCCUGCCUCCGGGAGCUGCACUGGGAGAGGAGGCGACAGGCUCGGGCAGCUGCAUCCUCAAGGGUCCCCACAAUGGUGGCAACAAGGGAGUUAGCAGGGAGCCUGCUCUCGCCUCAGGUGGUCCCACAGAGGGUGGGCAAGUGGCUCAGGGCACAGACCCUGAAGGACAGACCUCUUUGGCUGUUCCGUGUGAUUUGGGGCUUGGGCCCAACCUCUCAUGAGCUUUGUCGGAUGCCGUUUUGUUUCUGGAGGGUGGACACUGCCAUUUCUCCCUGACGGCUCUCAUACGUCUUGCACUGCCACCUUUGAUCCAGUGACACAUAGAGCACCGAGCUUGGGGAACAAAAAGGUGGUGAUCUCUGAUUGGCAGAUAAGCUGUGGGCCCCAAAACUGCCCAUCAUGUCAGAGAUGCACCCUGUAGCACCGUAGCUGCCAAACACAUCCCACCAGGUGGUGAGGGGCCAGACUGAGGCACGUCUCUCCUAUUUGCCAACCUGAUGUUUCCCUGGGCCACUGGGACCCUUCCUAGCCAACUCUGGAUGAGGGUUCCCUACUCUCCUUCCUCCCUUUCCGUGUCGUCCUCUGCCCUUCUGGCUUCCGUGGCCUCUGCUGUCCCAGGUCUCCGGUACCCUCCCCGGGCGUGUGUGGGUUUUGAUACCAGGGCCCAUCCCUUGCUUUGGAGAUGUUUCCUUCGCUGGGUUUCUGGGCCAUGGUUGUCUUGGCUUCCCUCCAGCCUCCGAGGCUGAGGCUUUUGUCACUUUGAUGCCCUCCCAGGUCUAGUGCUCUUGGGAAAAUCUCAGCAACUCUUGAGGGCUCAGUGGCCACCUCAGGGUCACUUCCCAGCACACUGGCUGCAGCCCAGCCUUCGCCUGGGUAACCUAUAGCUCUGAUUCUGAUGGACUGACCUGGACCGUCUUAGCAUCUUCCCUCGUUCCAGCUUGUUCUGUUUCCCAGACUGUAGCAAGCACCCUGAGGUGUGUGCUGGAGUCUGCAGACACACCGUAUGGGCCACCAAACCACAGGGAGUCAGCAAGGGAAGGUGGUGGUGGUGGUUUUUUUGGCUGCAUCAGUGGCAAGCAAAAGUUCUUGGUCCAGGGACUGAACCAGGGAACUCCUAGGAUGUUCCUGUGUCCCAUCUAGACCCCCCUUCUGCCUGGUAUGCCAGGAAUAAAGUUGGGAGGAAGGAUUUCUGCCAUCUGUCCCACCUAACACUUGUAGUGAUGUGCCUGCUGUCAACACAUAAUGGGUUGGAGGCUGGGGAGGGGCCGGAGGGUCCAGCCUUACAGGGAGACAGGUCAGAUGACGCCCCUUGCUAGCUUUCCUGGUAAGACUGGCAUAGGGGAUGGCAAGGGGAAGGGAAGGAGCUUUUCUUAGGAGCCUGGUGACUGAAUGGAUUAAUAAAUUGCACAAAUUAUGAGAA